CAUUCAUUCAUUUCCACUUCGCUAGUGACCGGCGUUGGUUGGUUGCAGAGUAAAAUUUUCACCGGCUUGGCCGUGCAGUUUUGGGGAAAUUAGUUUUUCUGCCGUGAAAACAGUGCAGUGUCGUGAAAACCUAGUGAAACCGAGAGAGUACCGUGUGGUGAAGUACCGUUGGUUGGAGUUUGUGCGUUGAACGAGAGAAUUUCGGCGAAAAUGCAGCAAUCGGGUAACAUGUCUUACAACAAUGACGGCAAUGGAAAUGGCGGAGGUGGUUCCGGAUCGUACAUCCGCUUGCGUGGACUUCCGUGGAACAUCACGGAGACUGACAUUCGGGACUUCCUGAAUGGUUGCGUGAUUGAUCAGGUGCACAUUUGUAUCAAUCCGACGACCAAGCGCCAGACGGGUGAAGCCUAUCUGCGUUUGCCGACGGUGGAGGAUCAGAUCAAGGCUCUGGACCAGAACAAGGCCACCCUUGGUCAUCGUUACAUCGAGGUGUUUACGGCUUCGGACGAUCAGUACGAGAAUGCCGUGAAUCGGGAGGAGAACGCCGAGGACAGUGGCCCGGUUGUGAGGAUGCGUGGUUUGCCCUGGUCUUGCACCACGGAUGACGUCAAGCAAUUCUUUUCCGGGUUGACGAUAAAGAAUGGCUAUAAUGGGAUUGUUUUGCUACUGGAUCAGCUGGGACGGGCAUCUGGGGAGGCGAUUGUAGAAUUUGCAACUGAGGCCGAAGCCGAACAGGCCAUGAGCAAACAGAAAGAGAAGAUUGGGAACAGGUACAUCGAGCUGUUCCGUAGCAGCAGCCGCGAAAUGAAGUGGGCCGAGAAGCGUAUGCGCCGUUUGAACCCAUAUGGCGGCGGUGGUGGUCGCGACGACAACAGCCGCAACCGAUACCCUCCGGGUCAGGGCUACGGUCGCGGUAAUGACGACUUUGACGAUUCCCCGUCCGGCGGCGGCGGCGGCGGUGGUGGCAACUCCUGGGGCGGCAACCGUGACGGAAACGGAUACGGUGGCGGCAACAGCUACAGCACCGGUAGCGGAAACAACUACAGCAGCGGUGGAACCAUGGGUAGCGGCAGUGGUGGCGGCAGCAUGUACUCCGGUGGGUUGGCCAACAAUACGGGCAACAUUGACAUCUUGAGCUUGUUGCAGGAUCAGUUGAAACGCGGUGGAAACACCAACUACGGAUCGGCCCGCGGCACCGGUGGCAGCGGCUACAGCAGCGGUGGCUUCGGUGGCAAUAGCUACAGCAGCAGCAAUGACAACAGCGGUUCCGGAGGUUAUGGUGGCUUCCGUUCCAGCAGCGGCGGCGGUGGCCAACUCGGAGGCAGCAACUACAGCAGCUUCGGCAGCAGCACCGGAGGCGGCGGUGGUGGAGGCAACUUCUCCAGCAACGACUUCUUCAGCGCAGGCGAGUCGAACCUGUUCUGCGUGCACCUGCGAGGAAUGCCGUUCAGCUGCGACGAGCAGGACAUCUACGACUUCUUCAUGCCGCUGAGACCAGUCAAGGCCAACGUGUCGUUCGACUCCAGAGGGCGCCCAUCCGGAGAGGGAGACGCCUACUUUGAUACCAUGGAGGAAGCCAUGAAGGCCAUGAAGAAGCACAAGGAGAAGAUGGGCUCUCGCUACAUCGAGCUCUUUGCCGGAUCGCGAAGACCGCAGAACAAAUUCAUGGAUUAAAAUACCUUUUACUUAAGAUUGCUAUUAGUAGCAAAACAGAGAUUCAACAUACGCGCCCGGUCCGAUUCGGCUACAACAAGAGUGGAGAAACUCAGCUUCCAAAUGUCACAGAAAAACCUAAAACAUGCAUUAAGUUCAACCCCUGCACUUACAUAAAACCACAUUCGGAAAAGGUAGACAGUAAGCUACAGGCUGGUUCCGAAAAGUAAACUCAUGUCGAACCAGCAGCACUUAACAACUUCAAAAAUGAAGCCGAUCCAUUCUUCAUUUAUACUACAUAUAGGUUUUAAGAUAGGAAAUAUUAUUUUUCAGUUUUUUAACGUUUGAAAAAUCAACGCUAUUCUGUUUUUGGAAGUGAAAACUAAAACGUAACAGUGUGGUAACUUAUUGGAAAGCGUAAUAUUGACUCAAUUUACCAGGUGUCACUAGUUUGUAAUCACUCUACAUAUACCUACAUUGAAUACAUCAGUAUCUAUGCUUCAGGAUCCUAAAA